AUGGAUACUGAGGCGGCCAUUGUGUUGGUCCAAAUGUCCAAAACUCCUUCGAUCCUUCGCUUCCGGUCUUCAACGCAUAGUAAACGCGUGCGCUUUGAUGUUCUUCUUGGACGCCAAAAACUAGGCGUGUUUUUCACGGGAGAUGGAAGUCACGAUGUCCCUGUUGUCACUCGGGUCGGCAGGCAAGACAUUCAGACGUUCAACAGCGAUUCUUCCUCUUCUUCAGGCAUUCGCCUAGGUGACAUACUUGUCGCUGUCAAUGGCAAGGACGCAGUCGCAAGUGGACUCAGCAUGACGACAAAAUACCUCGCCACGUGUCCACGUCCAGUGAGACUCACCUUUGAGCGCGACGCAAACGAAGACACCGAUUGGUUUGAUAGUCAAACCGCCAGCGAGGAAUCCGGGGAGCGUCCAGGACGGUCGUUUUCCUUGCGUCGAGCUAUUCCAAGCAUGACCAUGCCGGUCGUUACUCGAGAAGCUGCCAGCUUUCGCUGCAAAGAGGACGUCCUGAUCGAGUGGAAGUUUGGUCCUCUGGGACUUACACUGUUUGAAGAUGCCAUUUCAGGUGCACCUAUUGUGAAUCGAUUGACUGGCAAAGGGUCAUCUCCCAAGAUUGAACGGCUCGAACACGGAUUCCUGUUGUAUUCGAUCAACGGGGUUCGAACCGGUAGUCGCCCGUUGGAUGAGCUGUACCGAUAUCUAUUAGCGCUGCCAAAGCCGGUGCUACUUGUCUUCCGUCCACCUGGUUCCCACGAUGAAGACGGCUCAGAACACAGCUCUUGUUCGUCUCCGUUGUCGACUGCAGAUAUUUCCUUCAAUCUUGGACUGCAACUCGAAAUACUGCACCCCAGCGCAAAAGACAAAUCAUCCACUCGUUAUUAUCCGAUCGUCCACCAAGUCCUGAAGGAAUCCACGCUUGGUCUACCGAAUGACGCGGUCGGGCAUCUAUUCGUCUCUGUUAAUAACUGGAGUACUUCUGGUUUGAGUACGACGGAACUUCGCACGCUUCUCCGCGUUGCAGCCAAACCGGCCGUGCUGCGUUUCCGUAGACAAGAAGCGUACAGUAUUCUAUGGUGCGAAGGGAAGCUCGGCCUCGUCUUCGGCUGCUACGAAGAUGCUGACCGUCAAAAUACUCUGGUCGUAUACGUGAAGCACAUUGGGUCGGGCCAGGCGCAGAAGUCCAAACUUGUGGCUGUCGGUGACAUAUUACGCAGCAUUAACGGCCAAGAUCUCCCUCCAAAGCAAAAGUUCAAGAAGACCAUGCGCUCACUUCUCAAGACUAAGCAGCCAGUCACCCUGGGAUUUCGUCGCCUGCUGGUUGAACGCAGCUCGGACUACAUGUAA